AUGGAGAAUGGUUAUAAUGGUGAAUUUGCUUCUUCAUCAUCUUGCUACUCUUAUCCCUACGCGAAUUGUUCUUCCUCAUAUGAUACUUAUGGCGCUUAUUCAUUCAAUGGAUUCUAUGGUACCUAUGAAUCAGGCAAAUAUUAUCAACAAUUACCGGAUACAAAUAAUCAAUAUCAUCAUAAUCAAAAUCAAUAUCCACAUUAUUGUGCACUUGUUCCAUCUACUUCCGAUUAUACUCAUUUAUUUUUUAAUGGUACUAUACCGAAUAAUUGCUCUCCUACAGCUACUACUGCUACAGUAAAUUGUAAUAGCAAUGGUUACGGAAAUGGAAAUCGGAUUAUUCUUCAAAGACCGAAAUAUGCAUGGAUGUUGGAACGUGAAAAGAAUCAUCAACAAUCACGUCAUUUUCAGCAAACUGUUAGACCUACAACCGAUACAGUAAUCACAUCACAAACAGGUAACAUUCAUGUGAUUUUAAAUUUGUAA